GCUUGAGGAUAAAACCCUCAAAACCCUCGUUGAUGAACAAAAAAAGCUACGUUUUCAGUGUAAAAUAGAGACUGCCAAUUCGCAUUCGAGUUUGUGGAAUUUGACAGAAUGGCGAAUACUGCUGAUGUUGAUGCGCUAGACUUUGAGCCCGAUGACGAUGAUCUCAUGGAUGAAGACGCCGCCGUCGACGUCGAUGCUUCUUCUCCAAGCGCUGCUGCUCCUAUCCCUAAACUUAAAUCCGCUAUCACUGCUGGAUCUGCCGCCGCCCUCGCUUCUUCCGUUCCAAAGAAAAUUAAAGGCCGUGGUUUUCGCGAAGAAACAGACGCCGGCCGUAGUAAUCGUUUGUCUGGUCGUUUCGAUUCCCUUGAUUCCGAUGGCGGCCCUGGUCCUGAACGAUCAAUUGAGGGGUGGAUUAUUCUAGUUACUGGAGUGCAUGAAGAAGCACAAGAAGAUGACCUACAAAAUGCGUUUGGAGAAUUCGGGGAGAUCAAGAACUUGCAUUUAAAUCUUGAUCGUCGAACUGGAUUUGUGAAGGGUUAUGCACUCAUCGAAUAUGAAAAUUUUGAGGAAGCAGAGAAAGCUAUAACUUCAAUGGAUGGAGGUGAACUUCUCACUCAAGCCGUCAACGUUGAUUGGGCAUUCAGCAGAGGUCCUUUUAAAAGGAAAAAUAACAGGAGGAGAUCACCACGUGGGCAUCGCUCAAGAAGUCCUCAGAGGAGAUUUUGAUUUGGUAUGCUUCUGAAGCAACAGGGUGCGGAUUCGUUAUGAUUAACUUGAUCGAUGCUUGUAAUGUGUACUAGUAACUGCUUAUGCAGCAUGACUUUUUUUUCCUUCACAUUUUCUUUGUUUCCUUGCUUUUUAUCCUUGAAAUCUACUUCUCAAGGAUGGCUCUUCUUGUAGAAGUUGGUAGUUCUGUAAUUGAAGCCCUUUGGAUCAUGCUCUAACUACUAAGACAUGCUAUUGUUUUCA